AAUCGUUAUAACAAAAAAUUUCCGACAACUUGUUCGGAAAAACCUACUCACCUUGUCAAGUAUAAAAGGUGUGCAGCAAUAUGGGAUCAUCAUUGAAGAAACAAGCUCAGGACCAAAAUUCAGUAAACUUACACAUCGAGUUCCUACGAAGAAAGUAUCAGAGUGCCAAAGAUUUGAAAUCUUUUCUUAAACAUCUGAGCUUUCCAACAGAGCCCAUAGUGGUGCCAAAUGAAUUUGAGAUUUAUUCAGAGGAAAAUUUCAAGUCCAAUUUGUACAAUUUCGGCGUGCUGUUCUAUUAUGGUCUGUGCUCUAUUAGUUACAAAGAAGAUGGGAUCAACUUUUCCAAGGUUUUACCAACAAACUCAAUUCUGAGUGAGGAGCAGUAUGUAAAGGGAAUGUACUAUUUGGUAAGCGAAUCUGGAGUUUCGAGGCUGCAAUUUAUUUUGCGCCUGUACGUAAGUUAUAUGGAAGAGAGGCAGGAAUAUCAGAUUGCGGCAUCUGACAUCAUAGAUUUACUAUGGCACGCAAUUGCAUUGGCAGACUUUGUAUAUGCAAGGGAAACAAAGAUGAUGAAAGAACGCGGAUACUUGACGAGCAACAAGAAUAAGGAGGAGGAACAAGUUGAAGAAAAGAUUCCAGAACGUGUUCAAGAGCCGACUCGUCACCGUCGAAGAGUUAAAGAGUUGCAUCAAGAUAACGUUGACGUGAUAUAUGGAGACACAUUAAUUCCGGAAAAAGCAAAAGUUGAAUGUAAUCUGUCCUAUGCUGUACCGAAAUAUACGAAAGAUGCACAGCAUAAUGUAGUACAAAGUGAAAAACAACACAACAGAUGGAAGAAAUCGCAGGGUGCUUAUGCAUCGGUCAACAUCUUGAUCGCUAUCGUUAAUAGUAUGUUUGCAGAAUAUGACGAGAAAUCUAGCAAUUUGUCGCUAAAAAAAGCAGAAAGUUGGUUUUCAACAUAUGUACCAGAGCUGGAAACAACCCUUCAAAACUUGAUUCGAUUGGAAGUUCUGGGCGAGCUUUUGAAUCCCACUUCUGCAAUCAUAAAGCAAGAAUAUAACAGACUCUCUGUUCAACCGGUUCCAGUAGAUAUGGAGUACUCUAACUUGUGGAACCCUAUUAUUUCUUGGACUUUUAGGAAUUUUUUGGAUCUCGGACGAGUGCCAAAUUUCAAAUUGCUGUACAAUUCAUCCAAGCACGGCCACUCUCUGAAUCGGCUCAUCCACCACGUUUUAGGGUAUACAGCGCCGACUUUGUUGAUUGUCUUGACGGAGAAGAAAUUCAUUUUUGGCCUGUAUAUGAACAAAUAUUGGAUGACUUCUUGCAAUUAUAUUGGAGAUUCGAAUUGCGUUUUGUGGGGUUUGGCGCCCAUUUUUGCAAUCCGCCGAGCGCUUCGUUUGGGUGAGGAGCAUUUCGCUUAUUUGUAUGUCAAGAAACAUAUGACUAUGAAAUAUCCUGUCGGCAUUGGCAUCGGAGGUUCCAUAGGUAACUUCCGCGUGAGCAUUCAGGAAGACUUGAUGUCUGGCAUGUGUUAUUCAAAUGACAACACCUAUGAAAGAGGCCCUAUUUGUCCGGACUAUGAGUUCUCUAUAUCGGCAAUAGAAGUUUGGGGAUGCGGGUCGGAGGAGGCUAGUCGCGGAAUAGAAGUUCACAGAAGCAUGAUGGAGAAAAAUGCUAAAAAAUCAAAAGCCAUCAACACCAGUAAAAAUUGGAAAACGGGACCAGACAAAUACAUUUUUGAUAUGCUGAAAAACAAUACAUAUCACGACUACAUUCCUCCGGUUGAAGAUCCUUCUGAUCGUAGCGUCCUGAGUGCUUCAGAUGACUGAAAUCCGUGAACAGAAAAAAUUUCUGCUUGCAAUACGUAGUUAAAUCAAGAAUAGCGGCGCAAGUUCGACUUUAUUGAAAAUUUCUUUUCAAAUUACUUGAUCUACAUAUCUGCCCUUUCAUAUAUUUUCAAGUGUUCCCUAUACCUUUUUUUGAUAGAGUAAACCACAAUCAAGGUAAUGGAAAAUAUAGUAGAUACAAUGAAUGAUGUUAACAUUGAGAUUUUCCAGAUAGUACCAAUAGUUGGACAGGACGUUGUUGUUAUAGACGAAUUUUCUUUGUACAAAUGAAGGAUACUGCUCUCUAAUAUUUUUAAAAAGUACACAAGAGUUAGCAUUUGAGCGGUACAACAAAAUGCACGAAAGUUAUUAUUGAUCAUUUCACUAGCAGAACGUAUAUUGUGCGACAACAGAGUAAUUGAUAAAGUUUAUUUCUACUUUGAAACAUAACUUGUUCGCUCUUUAUCGUGAUACCAUUUAACACAAAUUUUGGUUUGCUCGGAAGUAGUUUUUAAGGUCUGAUCUAGAAGUAGUACCCCCGGAAAGUCUGUUGACUUGUAGACUUCCACGCAUGGAUCUGUAGCAUCCAAUUCAGAAUUAGCAUAGGCUAUUGCAUGAAUACAAGCCAGAAGCAUCAGCAGGCAGAAAACUCGACGCAUAUUCCAAUCAAAUAGAAAUAUUAAAUGCUGUUUUUUUUUGGCAGAUCGCA